UGGUGGCGGGUCCAGCGUAGUGUGUGUGUCGCGAGUGCUCUGUGCCCGGACUCGUUGAGGACUCGCCCGGCAGGAGCUCCGGACGGCGUCGCUCCUUCCCUCCUGCUGCCAGACGGCGCCCUGCCUCCCUCUCCCUCGCCGGACUCCUUGCAAUUGCUACCUCAUGAUACCCUCUGCUCCAGCGUGACGUCGAGGCUCGGGCACCAGCGGUGACUAAGCGGCGUCAGGCUGGCACUCGACGGGCGGCCUCUGCAGCGAGCGGUGUCUGCAGCUCCACGCCCACGCGCCCACCGAGUGAGGGCACAUGGCUACUUCGGGGAAUAAUCCCUGUCAGCUUUUAUCAAUGUUUUUGCUGUGAGGUGGUGCAAUCGCAUGAAGUAUGGAACACCUGCGAAUUAUGUUUUUCUAUCCGUGCACAGCUGUACAGAGAUUAUCGAUGCACGUCAGUCCAUAGAGCAGCCGCCGCGAGACAGUGCAUUGCCAUAUGACGUUUUGAAGAUAACACAGCUCAGGACCUAGUGAACACAGGCUUGCUGAGUCCGGAAUAAAGGCUUGAGAUUCUGAUUCUGAUCCCAAGGCCUCGAAGUGCAUUGGCUGUCGCAGGACACAGGUGAGCCAGUUACUGAGUGCUGACGAAGUACAAACACUUUCUCAGGCAAGGGCAAGCGACCAGCAUGUGUGGAGCUGAAGUUUACCAAUGAAUAUUCAGGAUUUCAGACGUUUGCAUAAUCUGCUCUCAUCAGGUUAAAUUGAAGUGUACAAAGCACAAAUCCACUUGAAUUCUAAUGACUCUUUAAGCUUCCAAGAGCACUCGGUGUACAAAUCAACAGGGAACUCAAUAAACGUACAAAUAUAUUACUUGUAAUGAGCUUUUUCUAUGAUAGCAGAUCCAGCGCUUAGGAAACUGUUUACGUAAAAACAAAAGAAGGAAAGGAGAAGGAAAGAGCAGAUAGAUAAAAAAAAAAAAAAACGGAGAUAGACCAGACACACAUAAAAACACACAUACGAGACGACGAGGGACAAGAGAGAAAUCAGGAAGAAGAGGAGGAGGAGGAGGAGGAUAAAGCGAACAGGAGGAGAGGCGCUAGGGGCUCCUCCCAUGGUCCGCCUCAGAGUCUUGGGAGGGAAGAUGAAGGAGACGCUCGUCAUUAAAGGUUUGUCUGGCUGCGGGAUGAGCAACACCUACGGGGCGCAGCAGCACUACUGCCUGCGUUGGAAUAACCACCAACACAACCUACUCGGGGUGCUCGAGACGGUGCUCACUUCUCAGCAGUAUGCCGAUGUGUCGCUGUUUUGCGAGGGCCAGGUCCUCCGGGUCCACAAACUGGUGCUGCUGGCAUCCUCGGCCCACUUCGAGCGCAUCCUGCAGGCGUCGCCGGAGGGUCAGCAGCCGGUCAUCAUCAUGGACGGCACGAGAUACGCUGACCUCAGGGCGCUGGUCGACUACAUGUACCGCGGCGAGGUCAACAUCGAACAGGACCAGCUGUCGUCGCUGCUCAAGACGGCCGAGACGCUGAAGAUCAAGGGACUAGCGGACGUGGCGAGCAAGGAGGAGGAUGACGGCGGCGGGAAGGAGCGCCUCCGGGACAACGGCGGCUCGGCCUCGACGCCGCCGCCGGCCAAGAGGCCCAAGCAGUCGCCCGGGGACUCCGCCCUCCCGCCAGGAGGACCCGACGUCCGCGACCACAGAGGGACCAACGCGAGGGACGCCCUCCGACCCGACCUGCGCGACCUGCGCGACCUCCCCCACUUCAGCAUGGUCCCCAGCGGCUACGCGCGGCGGCCGGCGUCCCCUCCGGCGCCGCCCCUGCCCACCGCCGCCUCGCUCACGCCGGCGCGCUCCCUCCUCUACACGUCCUCGCUCAUGUCCCGCCCGACGUCCAAGAGCCCCGGCCCGCCCCUCCCGGCCCCGCCCUUCUUCCCCAGCGGCCUGGUGAGACCUCGGUCCCCGCACCCGCAGUACGACCCCACGGCGGGCUCCAGCCUCCUGCCGCCGCGCACGUCGCCGCAGUCGCCGGUGCCCGACCCCAAGAUGGUGCAGCAGCUCGGCGUCCCUCCCUUCGGCCUGCCCUUCUCUCUGCCGCUCCUUCAUGAUUCCAAAAAGAUGAUGGAGAGAAACGCCCACAAACUGGCGCCCACGUCCCACUACGACGCCCACGACGACAAGGACCGCCCGCCGCCUGUGUGGCCUCCGCGGGGCGCCUCCGACCUCGACAUGGAGCGGGAGAGGGAGAGGGAAAGGGAGAGAGAAAGGGAGAGGGAAAGAGAGCGGGAGAAGGAAAGAGAACGGGAGAGGGAAAGAGAGCGCGAGAGAGAAAGAGAAAGAGACAGAGAACUGGAGAGGGAACGGGAGAGGGAGACUCAGCGAUUAUUAGACCGCGAAAGGGAGAGGGAAAGGGAGAAAGAGAGGGAAAGGGAAGGGGAGAAGAACAUUCAUAACGAGAGCCACAACGGCACGAGCGCGAAGGACCCGGAUCGGCGGCAGGAGGACGAGAAAUCCUUCAGUCCCAAGGACAAGGACGACCACUCGCCCUCGGGAGACUCCGUGAUCAGCAAGACCGAGCUCCUGACCCCCGAAGGUGACGUCGACGAGGACGACGACAACACCAACAACACCACCACGACCACCACCACCACCACGGGUCGCGACACCACCGCUUCGGAAAUCACCACCACCGGCUCCCGCCAAAGGAACCUGUCCACGUCCUCGUCAGGCAACACGUCAACAGCUGAGUUGGUGAAGUGCCCUUACUGCCCCCGCUCAUACCGCCACCAGAACAACCUGCGGACCCACAUCCGGUGUUUCCACAAGGGCGUGCGGAUCCCGUGCCCGAUCUGCCACCGCGGGUUCACCCGCUGGUUCACGGUUCGCUGCCACAUCGCGCGCGAGCAUCAGAACGUGGACUUCUCCCGCCCGGAGGCCCUUCCGGCCCAGCUGCGCCGCGCCCUGUACCCUCCGUACCCGGAGUAGUGGCCGUCCGUCCCCGAUCACGUCAGACUCCUGCCCCGGCUGCCGCUGCCCACGACGGCGCCGCCGACGCAGGGCUCCCCGCCGUCCUCGCCGACGCCCCGCCGGCCAGACGACGCCCCCCUGCGCGGGGGGCGGGGUCGGGGGAGCCCGCGGCGAGAGUCCGAGUGACGCGACGCGGCGAAGAGUCUGGGUGAUACUUGGUGCUCUGUGUACAGAACGGCCCCCGAGGCCUCGAUGGUAUCCAUGUGUACAGCUGGCCGAGCACCAGACGACGACGAAGGACCGCCCGGGUGCUCGCCAGCCUCCAGUGUUGUUGGUAUGCUGUAGGCGACGCUAGUGAUAGUCACACUGUGGACUCGCGCUUGGGUCUUUAGCUGUGCUUGUGAAGCACGCUAAACUGUGUUAUGUAUGGUCCAUGGCCGGUGUUCUCGUAGCUUCAAGUGUGCUAAUAUCAUAACCCCAAUACCAUAGUGUAAGCGUGGAGUCGUAUUAUGGACCUUGUUAACUGUAGGUUUUAUUUGAAAUGGUUAUAUUUUAUAGAAGAUUAAUCACGAACCCAAGAAAGGGAAGGUAUGUUUCUUCUGUUCAUAAUCUAGUGAAUGAUUUCUGGUGUGGGUGCCUUAUGCUCAACAAAGCAAGCAUGCACAAGAUGUUUGUAGAUGUACAGUAUUAUUUUUAUAGCUGCCGUCAUUAUCCCUCCAACAAAGCACGGGCGGUCAGAGCCGGGGAAGCAGGGGUCCCUCACAAGGACCUCAGCCCUGAAGUGUGUCAGGGAAACCAAGAGGGCAGGGAGGGACCUGGUUAUCAAUGUUCCUCUUUUGCGAAUGCAGCGUCGAACUUCCUCUGCGAAAGCAAGGCAAGUUUAGCAUUUUUUUUUCUUUUUUUUUCGUUUUUGUAUAGCAGAUGUUGUUUUGUCUGUGUGUUCAUGGGUCGACCUCCCUGCCCUGGGUAUUGCAGGGGACGAAAUACUAUAUAUAUAUGUCUAAAAAAAGAGAAAAAAAAAAGAAGAAAACCCUGCAUGAAUUAUAAGAACAAGUUACUCAGGUAUCCACGUUGGGUCAAGCACCCGGUCUUAUCUACCUCAUGUUUCGUAUCCUUCUAGUUGUUAUUGCACCUUUGCUAGCUCACGCGAAGUUUCCUUUCCUGGAGGAAGCUUACUACACGCCUCAUGAUAUAGCAGAUUUUAGUACCCCAUGACUCUGUUGGAGUAUCUUCCAGGUCAAACGUACAAAACUACAGAAACUAUAUUUUCUAGACUUCGGAAUCUGGAAUUGCUGACGUGUACCUUAGUCAACUAGGCCUAAUGUAUGACUUGAAUGCUCAUGGAUAAAUCAGUACUUAGUCAUAAUGUAAAAGCUGCGGCAUAUUUAUUUAGUGUUGCCGAGUAGUUGCCCCGCAGUCUUAUUGAAGCCAAAGCAGUCUGGAAAAAAAAGAAGAAAACGAAAGAAAGAGAGAGUUAAGAAACAAUCAAAUAACGUAAUACCGGACAUCAUUAUGGUGUUCCGUCACGUCACUGUCAGCCUAUCAAGUUUCUUCAGGGAUUUAGAGAGAAAGAAAAAAUAGAAUAUAUUAAAUAAACAGAAACUAUAACGAGCUCAGGAAACAAAGACGUGUACCCAUAUCCCUUCCCCCCCCUCCCCCUCUCCCCCUUUGCUCCUUCUUUCAGUGUAGUUCGUAAAAAGAAAAAAGAAUAAAAUGGCGUAGUUCGAGUAAAGUGAAACAAACAAGCAAUGCAAGAACGAGAUUUCGAUGUCCUUUUAGAAUUGACAACAAAAGAGAAAGGACAGAUUUAACGAAACAUUUUCUUUCUUUUUUUCUUUGAGGAAGAAAUCUAGCAGCGUUGCAUUUCCUAGUUGAUAUACAUAAAUAUAUAUAUAUCUAUUUUUCUCCGUGUAGUAGUUUGACGUUGCUCAAAGAAGGGGAUGCAUGACACUGACCCAUCCAACGAUUUCGGUGAUAAGGGUGCUCUAGAUACGUUUU